AUGAAGCACCCUGGACUUCCAUGUCGCGUCUCCUGCUUGUCUGACCUGCAAUGCUCGACCGAUGCGGCGCAAGCCGGCGUCGAGAAGCUGCGCGCAUCGCCCGACGAAUGCAGUACUGUGUCAAACAAGUGCACCAAAUUCGCCUGCGAGCGCGAUGCGGGUAUCGUGGUGUGCAACGACACGCCGGCGCCGUACACCAUCAACUGCCAUUGGUACGGCGAAUUUGCGCAGCUGGUGGUCGACGCAUGCAAGACCAGCGGAGGAAAGACGGUCGCAUGUGUCCUCACGGAGGAUCUCCUGCAGUUUCAUGUCCAGGUUAGCUAG